UCACACAGGCUCCGCCCCACGCUGCCCACUCCCGAUACUUCUGCGCUCGCCUGCGCCCCGGAAGCUGCCCCGCUCGGGGGUCACGAUGGGCAGUAAGAUGGCUUCCGCCUCUAGGGUCGUGCAGGUAGUGAAGCCACAUGCUCCAUUAAUUAAGUUCCCUAACAGAAGAGACAAACCUAAACUCAGUGCCUCAGAAGCUAUGGGAUCUGCAGCGCUACCCUCCCACUCCUCUGUAAUUUCACAGCAUUCAAAAGGAAGUAUGUCCCCAGAUUUACUAAUGCAUCAGGGGCCACCAGACACUGCAGAAAUUAUAAAAUCAUUACCUCAGAAAUACAGAAGGAAACCUAUGUCUCAAGAGGAAAUGGAAUUUAUCCAGCGUGGGGGGCCAGAGUGAUCAUCGUGGCUUUUGCUGUCACCAGACAGAAGGAUCAGCUUUACAAUAAAGGACUUCCACAAUGUCAAAUGAAAAGUCGUAUAUUAAACAACCUUAAUAAAUAUUCUGUAAGCAGAAUGAAGUAUAGAAACUCCAGGCGGUCACUUGUAUCUCCUAUGCUAUGUAUCUUGGUCAGCUUCCCCACAAGCUGACCUGUACACUUAUUAAAGUCUACAUUUUUAAAUGCUA